AUGGCUGUUGCCUUAGCCAACCUCAAUCAAGGUCCGACUAUUGACUGGGAUUGUGGGCCUGAACUUUAUUCGAGGUAUCGGAAAUGGCGUCAAAAAUGCCAAAUGAUCUUCGACGGUCCUUUACAAGACACUGCAGAAGCGGUUAAGUGCAAGUAUCUUCUGAUAUGGGCAGGAGAUAGAGGACUUGAUUUGUUCAAUUCAUGGGGGUUAACCGCCGAUGAACAGAAACUUUUAGAGAACUACUGGAAAAAGUUCGAAGAAUUCGUUAACCCACAUGCCAAUUACCUAGUUCAUAGAUUCAAACUACGCCGAACUAUUCAGAAUGAUCGUCCAUUCGAGGAGUUUCUGACGGAACUCAGGCUGCUUGUUGCAGACUGUGGUUAUACGGAAGACACAAAGGCAGAAAUGCUAAGAGAUUCCAUCGUAUUCGGUGUCCGUGAGGAAAAGGUUCGAUCAAAAUGCAUCGAGAAAGGAAAUACUCUCACAUUGAAUCUAGCCAUCGAAUAUGCGCGUGUUGCAGAAGCAACCAAACUGAAAUCUAAAGAAAUGGACCCAACCAAGGAAGUCCAUGCUUUUCGCAAAGGAGGACACAAAUCUCAUAGUCACGGCAAAUUCUUCCAGAAGGACACGAAAAACCACGAUUCAAGAAAAUCUGAAGGAUUCAGGAAACCAGCCGGACGGGGCCAGAUGUGUUACUUUUGUGGUAAUCAGCGCCAUGAAAGUCGAAGUCAAUGCCCAGCGCGUAACUCUCAAUGUGUCAAAUGUUCAAAAAUCGGACAUUUUGCAUCUGUGUGUCACUCAGCGUCAAACCCUCACAAAUCGAAACAAAACCCAAGGCGUCACCGCAAUAAAGUUCAUGAGUUAGAUACGGAUGAAACCACUGAUUCUUUCAAUGAUCUUUUUGUAGGAUCAAUCGAAACCCAGUCCGAUAAAAAACCAGUGGAUAGUGUUCAUGCAGCAUCCGAGAUAAUCCGAAAAUUCGCAGUCACUACAAAGCCAUUCCACAAACAGUAUGCAUCCAUUCAGUGUAAGCUCGAUACUAGUGCUGCAACCAAUGUGAUACCAAAGUCAGAGUAUCGCAGACUAUUCCCGCCAAAUCAUAACCUGACUCCGCCAACCGCAAAACUUGUUGCUUAUGGAGGCACAGAAAUCGCAAAUCAUGGUUCAUGUACGCUUUACCUGAGACACAAUGGCAAGAAGGAACCUAUCAUCUUUGAUGUAACUGAUUCAGGUGGGACUAUAAUCGGUCUCAAGGCUUGCCAGACCCUUGACCUUAUACGUGUCACUUGCGAAAUCAAACCGAAACAUCACAAACCACUCACAAAGGAAUCUGUUGUAACUGACUACAAAGAUGUAUUCACCGGGAUCGGUUCAUUUCCUGGUGAACCUUAUCAUAUCGAACUAAAGGACAGUGCUACACCAACCAUACACCCGCCACGCGCUGUUGGAAUUCAUCUUCAAGAUGGAUUCAAAUCUGAGCUGGAGAGAAUGGAAUCUCUCGACAUACUAGCAAAGGUAGAGGAACCGACCGAAUGGGUCAACUCAUUUGUCAUCGUCGACAAAGGUCACGGAAAAGGCCUACCAAUCUGCCUUGAUCCGCGCGAUCUUAAUGAAGCAAUCAAGCGUGAACAUUACUACACUCGUACGAUAGACGACAUAGCACCUAAACUUGCCGGUGCCACCCAUUUCUCAGUCGUUGAUGCCCGUUCAGGGUAUUGGAUGGUACGAUUGGACGAGCAAUCAUCGCUGCUGACUACUUUCAGCACACCUUUUGGUCGCUAUCGCUAUAAACGCCUUCCUUUUGGCCUCAUUGUAAGCCAAGACAUUUUUCAGAGGAAAAUGGAUGAGACCUUUGGUGACUUAGCGGGCGUAACAGGUAUCGCCGACGAUAUCUUUGUGUUCGGAGCUGGUGAAAAGGGACAUGAUAACAACUUCAUUGAACUGUUAGAAUGUGCCAGAGAGAACAAUGUCAAAUUCAAUCUGGAUAAACUGCAAUUCAAGAUUCCAGAGACCAAAUUCUUCGGUCACCAGUGGACAGCUACUGGUAUGAAGCCUGAUCCAGCGAAAGUCCGUGCAAUCACCGAAAUGUCGCCGCCAACAUGCAUACAAGACCUACAAUCAUACUUAGGUCUAGUAAACUACCUAAAUCGUUUCAAUGCUAGUAUCGCAACCAUUGCUGCUCCACUUCGCGAUUUGACUAAGAAAGAAAUCAGCUGGCAAUGGAACCCUGAGCAUCAAGCCGCCUUUGAUAAACUCAAGGGCAUCAUCAUUUCUGCUGAUGCUUUAGCAUACUUCGAUCCGAAGAAGCCAAGUGUGCUGCAAACAGACGCAUCACUCCGUGGGCUAGGUGCUGUGUUGAUGCAGGAUGAAAAGCCUGUAUGUUAUGCGUCCAGGACACUUUCAGAGACUGAACAAAAUUACAGUAACAUCGAACGAGAACUACUCGGAGUAGUGUGGUCUUUAGAAAGAUUCAACCAUUAUGUGUACGGCAAACAUGUAAUCGUCCAAACGGACCAUAAACCAAUCGUUGCCGCUGCAAAGAAGCCGAUAUCGAAAUGUAGUCCACGACUACAACGGUUACUUUUGCGCAUGUCAAAGUAUGACGUAGCAGUUGAAUAUCUUCCUGGAAAGAAAAACGUGAUCGCUGACCCCCUAUCAAGGGUUGAUCCAAACCGUGAGUUGAAUUCGCCAGAUUUCAAGGAAAUUCCCGAUAUACCGGUUAAUCUCAUUACGCGAAACCAUAAUGCGACAGACACUGACAAUCUAGAAAAAAUUCGCCACCAUACUAAAUCUGACAACAACCUUCAAAUCCUGAAAGCCCUUGUUGUAGAAGGAUGGCCUGAAACCAGAGAUGGUUGCCCAGCAGAGGCAAUUGACUAUUUCAACUAUCGUGAAGAUGUUAGUGUUGAAGACGGACUUCUAUUCAAAUGCGAUCGAAUCAUUAUACCGAACUCUCUCCGAAAGGACAUUCUGAAAGCAGUCCACCAAGGACAUCAAGGCAUUGAAAAAUACAUUCUCCGCGCGAAACAAUCAGUGUUUUGGCCCGGACUGACAAAUGAAAUCAAGCAACUAGUGUCAGAGUGUAGCAUUUGCCAAGCGCAUCAGAACAAGCAACAACGUGAGCCAUUGAAACCGCAUAGUAUCGCACAAUAUCCCUGGCAGAGGCUUGCUUCAGAUUUGUUUGAGCACAAUCAAGUGCAUUACUUGCUAUACGUGGACUACUAUUCCAAGUUUCCAGUGGUAAGACGACUAGGAAAGUCACUUAGUUCAGAGACAGUAAUCGCAUUUACCAAGUCUGUAAUUUGCGAAUACGGAAUACCAGAAGAACUUGUGUCUGACAAUGGUCCACAAUAUGAUAGCUACGCAUUCAAAUCAUUCUGCGCUUCUUACGGAAUAAAACACACAACAAGCAGUCCUCACUAUGCCCAGAGCAACGGCAUGGUAGAAAAGUGUGUACAGACUGUGAAAAAACUCAUCCUUAAAGCACUAGAUGCAGGUGAAGACGCUAAUAUCGCCUUACUGAACUAUAGAACAACACCCGUCUCGAGUAACAUCGCUAGUCCUGCGAAACUACUCAUGAGCCGGGAGCCGAGAACGACAUUGCCGAUGAAGAGAUCACUCCAUCAGUGUAGACCUACUGAUAAUGACAGUACUAAGGAGGCUUUACAGCACCGACAGGAUCUACAGAAACACUACUACGACCAAAGAGCCAGAGCAGAACCGUUUCCUGAGCUACAAACCGGACAAAAUAUUCGCGUCCAAGACCCCAAGUCAGGAGUCUGGAACCCUGGUUAUGUAACUGAGAAACUGUCAGAACCACGUUCAUAUACUGUGAAAACUGAUAAGGGUACAUACCGCCGCAACAGAAAAUAUUUGCGUGCAACAAAUGAGCGAUUCACAGAUGAACAAUUAAGUGAACCUGAGAACUUUGACAUUGAAACCAAUGAGUAUCCGGGUGAUAUCACACCUCCAACUCAGCCUAAGAACACUGCUGAAAGCACUGAUACUGGUAGUGGUGAUAAGGUCUAUCAAACUAGAUCUGGUCGUUCAAUUCGUAAACCAAGCAGAUAUGAUAAUUAA